AUGAAACGGGAUAGCUCAGGAAAUAACCAGGAUGGUCCUCCAUCGAAAUUUCAGCGUUCUACAGUCGAUCUAACCAAUGUCUCUAUCAGAUUUCUUAUUCCUGGAAGAGCUGCAGGAAUAAUGAUUGGGAAGGGUGGGGAAAAUAUCAAAAAAAUACGGUCACAGUAUAACGUCAAGCUGAAUAUUCCCGACAGCAGAGGCCCUGAACGGAUAAUGACUAUCGAGGGUGACCUGCAAGCCAUCUGCAGCAUCAUGCGCGAUGUUUGUCCAAAACUAAAGGACAUAAUGAACGCAAAACUCUCCGACCCGAAACGCAUAAUGGGUGUCCAAGGGUCUCGACGUCGUCCAAGACGAAACGAAGACCCAGAACGGGAUGAUGAGGAAGACGAGAACAUGAUCGACUUUAGAAUCCUGGUGCACGAAAGCCAAGCUGGCUCCGUCAUCGGUCGAGGUGGGGAACGUAUUAAGGAUCUCCGUGAUAAGUACAAAAUGCGUGUUAUCAAGGUGUAUCAAAUGUUGGCUCCGUUAUCCACUGACCGAGUAGUACAGAUGGUUGCUGACCCAGACAAUGUCGUCCAAUGCUUGAGAGCUGUGAUAGAGGCGGUCGAGUCUGCUCCUCCUCGUGGUCGCCGUGAAGACUAUGACGCUGCCAACUUCAGUGAGGGUGAUGCUCUUAACUACGGUGGUUGGUUGUCUCGAGAAGCCGCAGCAGCACUGGCUCAAGGGAUGCCACUUCGUGGACCUGGAUGCAUGCCACCAAUGGGUUAUAACAUGGGUGGUCCGUAUAUGAUGGGUGGUGGUGACAUGGGGCCAAUGGGUGGCGGAAUGGGCCCCAUGGGAGGAGGAAUGGGUCCUAUGGGCGGUGGACCGAUUCCCGGAGGUCGUGGUCGAGGGCCUCGUUCCGGCGGUGGAAUGAUGGGCGGAGGUGCACCUCCUGCGCAAGGUCAACGAGGUAUGAUGGGCUCCUCAGGACCAGCACCGGUUCCUCCUCCUGCUGGUCGUAAUACUUCUAUGGGUCCACCAGGCGGUUACAGUAGUUCAGUGGAUGGAGGUUACGGUGGUCAAGGUGGAUAUGAUGGUCCAGGUGGGUUUGAUAACGGAGCAUAUGGAGGCAUUGAUCAAACCGGACAAGGCGGGUUCAGUGGUCCUGGAUACGGUGGGUCAGGCAACAUGACUUCCGGAGGCUACGGUGCGUCUGGGUAUGGUGGAAGCCAGCGCGGAUCCGGUGACAUGGCAGGUGGUCAAAGGUGAAUAUCAUCAAAUAUCAAACUUUUACAGAUGCUAGUUCUAAACAUUUUUACGUCUACUCUUAAUGGUGUUCAAAUGGGAAUGAUGCAAGUGGAGGACAAAAGUGGAUUUAUUGCCUUUUUCAACCAAAUUUAUUGAAAUACAUAUACAUUCAAAGUCACUUACUCAAAUGUAUGGAAGGACUGGAUGCUUCAAGAAAAUAAGCUUCCUCUUUUGUUGAUGUAUUAAAUCAACAAUUUUAUGAACUUUGAUUACUAUCCUGAGACUAUCAUCUGAAUAUCUUAUCGAUUAAUUAAAGUCAGUAAGUUUGAGUAGACUAGGAAAGAAUCAGUGGAAUGUUCAAUAAUUUUUGGGUGGCCGACUGUUUUUCAUCGAUACUUACGGAUAUAACAGAACAAUCCAUGGUUAUUGUUUUGUUUUGGGUAGUUUGUUAAAAUAUAUCUGUUCCUUUAUAAAUUAUAUCGAAUUUUAUAAUUAUAGACCUCAGAAGUAGAAGUCGAUGGAUUUAUGCGUAUGAAAUCAGUUCAAAUGAAAGUAGACUAUCUUCCUAUGAAUAUUAAAUGUAUAAAUUUCACUACUGUUUUAUGCUUUGAACUAAUUUUAUUGAAAGCGAUACAAGACUUUUAGUGUCUGCAUUAAAUUCGAAGUACAGCUCCCCAAUUUAUAAGCUUACUGUCUGGCUCCAGUUUGGAUGAAAAGACGAAUAUUUUGCAAAAAUAAAUCUCUCAAUUUCCAUAUAUCAUGCUUUUAGGCGAAUCCAUUUUGAGCGACAGCGGUAUUAAAGAGCCAAAUACGGUUUUAUGGAUGAAUUUAUUUUAUACAUUAGUUCAUACAAACAGACAUGAGAAUACAAAGCAUGAAAGCAGAGCAAAGCGAAGUGGAGAAGUCAAGUGAACCAACUCAACUCAAUAGUCGGGAAAAAAAAUAAGCUAGACAUGUAAUAUGCUAAACAAGCAUGCAUAUCACACAAUAAUAAAGACAACCGAGGUUAUGAGCUAUUCAUAGACAAGGUCGAAAGAUGUGUAAAUAACUUAAGAAAAAUGAAUUAAUUAAUUUAUCCAAACGUUGGGACAAACCCUGUAGGUUCAACAUAUCAGUAUACACUACAGACUAUCAAGACAUGUAUAUAGAUUGUAUUGAACAUAAAAACAGUCUGAGUGAAUGUAUAAAGCAUUCAUCGAAUAAUACAAAUGACACAAUGUACCAGGUUAGAGGAUUAAGUAAAUUACAUCAAACUACAUCUUAUCACCAUGAUCAUUAUAUAGAGGUUGAUUUCAAGCUAUCAAAACAUAAUGACUAACAAAACUUGUUAUUUAUAUUAUCAAAGAAAUUGCAGACAGAAAAAUAAUUGUAUCAUAAGUACAUUUUGUUUAGAUAAGUACUGAGCUCCAAAUAGUUAAGUGUAAUCAUGAAAUAUGCAUACAUAUUACUCAAUUACAUAAGCCAUUUAUUCCUCAGUGGAAGAUAAACCGUAAAUCUAUAAUCUCUAAUCUACUCCGUCUUGUUCUCUUCUUUCCAAUUGUUGUAUUAUUCAUUGUUUUGAGGACUGACUCCAAUUCUUUGCACAGUGUGUUGCUCGAUCUGUUUGGUUUAAUUUUUCCUUUGAAAAUUCUAUGUUCCACUUUGCCUUUUGAGACAGUCAGGUGAUUUCCACAAUAUGUGUCUUAUUCACUUUCAUAAUUUUUCUCCCUGUAUCUUCCUCAUCUGCGAGCUAAUUUGCUGUUUGACACAGUAGGUUUUUGGUGAUGGUAUUUGGUUAAUGGAUCAAGAGUAGCUUUUGUAUGAUGGUUUUCAUCGUGUGAAUUUUUCAGAGCUUGUCCAUCCAGUGGAGGCUAUGAUUGGUGAUCUAUGUGUUGUGUUUAUUAUGUAUACAUUUGUUUCAAGUAAUGCAUAUGUUUGAAUAUGAGAAUGAUGAAAAGCAACUCGUUUUUUAAACUUUUAACAGGGUUUUUUAAAAUAACCAAAAAAUUUUUUAAAAUUUUCGCAGCGUUUUUUAAAAUUUUUUGUAAUCCUUAGAAUGUCAGAAAUAAAUAGAAAAAACAACUUGAUUUCGAAUGAAAAAAGAAAAAGCCUUAUAAAAAAAGUUAUUGAAGAUGGAUACAGCGUCAAGGACGCGGCAUUUCUUACAGAUGUAAACUAUCAGGCCGCUACAAAUAUUAUAAGGUUGUAUAAAAAGGAAUCGCGAGUUGAGAAAAAAAAAACAGGAAAACCAUCAAAUAAGAAGAUAUAUGUGUUGAUAUUAUCAAUUUUGUUGAAGAAUUGAUAGAAUUAAACCCGUUAAUAACGAUGGUAGAAAUUCGAGAAAAAACAGAAAACAUAUUUUCUAUAGGCCUUUCUCUUGAAUCUAUAAGAAGGAUAAUUUAUAGACUUCAGAUUACUUUGAAAAGGAUUUCUUAUACAUCGGUCAAUAUAAAUUCGGAAUCCAGUAAAAACAAACGCCAAAUUUAUGCUCAAAAUUUUAUGAACAUUGAAGAUACAUUUAUAAAAGUUUUUAUAGAUGAAUCUUCUUUUAAUUUGUACUUAAGAAGAACCUUGGGAAGAUCUACAAGAGGAAAACCGGCAAGUGCCCUAGUUCCAUCAACGCGUGGAACCAAUAUAAGUUUAAUAUCGGCUAUAACAGAAAAUGAAGUUCUCUUUGCUAAAACAUUUGUUGAUUCGGUGAAUUCAGAUAAGUUCAUUCAGUUUUUUGAUCAACUAAUUGAAAAAUGCAAUCAAAAAUCAAUUUUUAAGAAUUGUAUUUUUAUACUUGAUA